AUGUCUCGAUAGAGUACUCAAUCCAUGUGGCAUCGACCUGAAAACACGAGCGCGUUUGUUUACAAACAACGAAAAGGCACGGGUUGCUGACGAUUUUUAGUUUUUUGUCUUAUUUUGGUAUUUUGUUAUUACAGAAAGGUUUUGGCUGCAAGUUUUAUGAGAAACGAGUCGCGAGUUUUAGAAGCACGCAUAAAAAAAGUGAUUGUUUAGACGCGAAUGUUGAGCAAGUCCAAAACGAUUUCUGAAAAGAACCGUAAACAUGAAGGUCUGUCAGAGGAAGCACAACCUAAAACGAGAAAAAGUUAUGGUAUAGAGAUGAACCGUAGAAUGCCUCCGCAAAGACAUGCAAGAACACGUACGGACCUUGCAGGCAUGCGGAAGGAUAUGGAAGGAGAGUGUUCUGAGAGAAAACCUAGCCGACGCUGGCCGUCAACAUUUGAGUCGAUUCGAGAUGUCUCUAGACAGGUUUCUAGGAGAAUAGUUUCCUCACUAAAGUCCCCAUCAAGUAUAUUUGCUACUGAGAAGGAUGGUUCAGUCGAAAAGACAACUGUUAAUGAAGCUAAAGAGUGCAAAAAACUCGAUGAUAGAACGGAGAAAUCCGGUGCUCGUCAUCGGAGGUUCGAUUCUCUUUCAAUGAAGGCUUACCAAUGGAAAUCGAAAGCCAAAUCGAAAGGUUCCAUAGCAGCUACUUCUGAAACUUCUACAGUACAUACACCAAUCGUCUCUGAAUCAUUAUCUGCCUCAAAGAAUACUCGCUCUUCUCCUAUUAUACCAUGCGAAUCCGCUCCAAAGAUGUCUGAAGACAUGAAGGACAGCGUCAAGGAUAAGGGCAAGUUCGAAGAUGAAUUCCAACUUGCAAAACUCAACAUACCUUUUAGAAAAGAGGAAGAUUCACCAACCGAUACUGACUGGGAACAGCUCUCCCUUUCGGGGGAUACAUUGAACGGUAACACUGAAAAUAAAAGUCCAGAUUUACUCCGAUUUGCAGAUUCUUCGACAAACGACUGGGAUGAGGAUUUCCAAGUUGAUUCUAGCUUCGCCUUAAAUAUACCUGAGAGCGUCAAUAAAACAGGUGUGGCAGUACAAGAACAGUUAUCAAGCAUCAAAAAUUUCAAACAAGAUAUGCAAGACCUAGAACUCUUGUUUCAGACCGCAAAGAGUCAUCCUAGAUUUUCUUCCAUGGAUCCAUCGCUUUUACAAGAUACAGAAGCCAUCAUUACCCUAGCGGAUCCUUUACAGUCUCAUCACGACUCGGACAUUUCGCUUUCUGCCGACAAGACAACUCAAACGUUAUUUUCCAAACUGAAUAUCCCCAUAGAAAAUGCAUGCUCCAUUGAGCUUGAUGCUUCUAUUUUGCCGAAACUGAUUCAGCAUGUGAGAUAUUUGCAGUCUCAAUUUCAGUCUCUUUUAAUGCAUUCUUAGGUCUUGACGCCCUUUCCUCCUUUGGUAAAUACGUUGUUCCCUACAUUAUCUAUGCUAAAAAGUGGUACUUGCCUGUAUUUCCUUUCCAAACUCUUAUUUUCCUUAAUGAUUUCUAAGGUCGUGAAAUUGCAUUUCCUGACUUUCCUUCUUUGACGAAACCUCUAACGUAUCCUUUUUAUUCUAUGUAUAACCUUACCUCUUUUAGGGAUAAAAUGGAUUUUUUUCUUGGUUUCUUGUAUAGUACUUAUUGUAAUAUGUCAAUCAAUAAACACUCGUUUGAACAUCUGAAUAAAUUCAUUUUCUCUUUUGUUCAAGAC